AUGCCAUCCAGCAGGGUCAUAAUCGACUCAUCGAGUGCAGAACCUUCACCCGAACCAAAACCCACACCACCACAACAGAGUCAUCCCCCACCAUCACUCGACUCGUUAAUCAUUGGCACUCAAGAUCAAAUCACAUCGUUAUCCAAACACGCACCUUUAAUCCUCCCCAACCAGUCACCCGACCAGCCGUAUGCAGAAACGUUACAAAAUUUACGUAAUACGUACAACUACACCUACGUCAUUAAUUGGUUGUAUAAUUUCCGCGGAUUUCUAAAAUUGCAACUGGAAUAUUUCGAUGUCGAUAUUUUCGAAUUAGAAUUGUUGAAUUACUUCCCCAAACCAUCGACGUACGACAAUGAUGAGUAUGGCUUGGCUAUUCCUAAUACAUACUCAGUGUUGUUUAUUGAUAAAUUGAAGCUGAGUUUGAUUCAUUCUUUGAUGGGCAGUAAAGAAUCCAAUGAGCUUAAAUUUGAGCAAGUUGUGAGACAAUAUUUUGGUAUUAGUACACCUUUGGGUGGUAUUGCUGUGCCUACUGAUGUUAUUGAAAUCAAAGAAGAUGGUGAUGAUAUUGAGCAAAGUGGAGAAGAAGAGAAACAACAGGAUGCUGAAGAAAUAGUGGAGGCUGAUGCCGUGGUCGAGGCUGAUGCCGUGGUCGAGGCUGAUGAUGAUGGCCCAGCAGCUAAAAGUGAACAAGACUUGCCUCAAUUUGAUUAUUUACUAAUUGAAGACAAGAUCGAGGUGUUGUACAUUAUCAUAUCGUACAUUUCCACCACUUAUAAAUUCAAGGAUUGGCUUGAUCGACAUUUCCCCAAUCAACCAGAAUACACCCGUAUUGACCCCAUUUUCACCACUGAUAACACCGACACCAACACCGGGACAAACAAAUCCAUUGACCCUGAUUUCCAAUCCCAAUGGCUCCUGUUAUUUGACAAUAACCGAUUAUACAAAAGAACCAUCCACUAUCCAGCAUUGGAAAUCCCCAAAAAGCGUAAACUCUCGCCUGAAUUCCCCAAUGAACAUUUUUCACAACCACAAUUUGAUGUCGACAAGUCCAAUAUUCAUUUGGAAUUGAUUGCCAAGAAUGUAUUUGAGCUCAAUGAUUACUUGAUCAAGUUGAAGCGUGAUAAAUUUUCAACAUCACCACGUCACUUGAUUAAUAAAUUGUCAAGAUCGAAAUUUAUUGAUGCUGUUUUCACUAAUGAGGUUAAGAAACGGAAAUUUAUCGCAAAUAAGAAAAAGGAGGUUCAAUUGGCAGGGUUAUUGGCAGUUAGGAAAAAAUCGUCUCGGUUGGAAGCUAGACAACAAAGAGAGAGAUUGCAACAACUACAACGACAACUGCAACAGCAACAACAACAACAACUGCACCUGGGUAAUCAGUCACGUACUGUUGGUGGCCGUCGUCUUCGUGAUGUAAGUGGUGGUGGCAUCCCAACUUCUGAUGAUCCAAAAUUGGAUAGUCAAAGACGAUUUGAAAGAAGACAACAAAGACAUAUGCGAGGUUGGUAA